UAAACGCGCGUUUCACAUAGAGUCGACGGAGAAAGAUCGAGAGUCAGACCUAGAGACAUCGAGAAGCAGGGAGUGAAGGGAAGGACAACCGCUACCGGAGACUAACGACGGGCGACUUCAAUCCAUAAGCCCUAGUAGAAGAGGGGGAGAUCGCCGACGAGGGAAGAGCGCACAAGUCUCUGUGGCUGAUUUGAUUAAUCCACUGCCCUAAAAUUUCCCGAUUCUCUUUCCACUUGCCGAUAAUUUCAGGCUCCGGCGAAAGAGAAGGACGCCGAUGGGCUUUAUCAGAAGUAGCUUCUCAUUUAUAGCGGGAUCUGUGUUCGGGAUUUACGUGGCUCAAAAUUACAACGUCCCCAAUAUCAGGAAGCUCGCAAAUACUGGGCUUGCAAUGGCCAAGCACAUCGAAGAGAAUUACAGGAAGCCAAAGAAGAGGGAUGAUGAUGAAUGAUUGGAUGAUUUACAAUCCAGCUUGAAUUUAUGCAGUUGUGAACUUGUGAUCUAUGUCCAACUGGAGGUUUUCGAUACUGGGAAAUUGGUAACUUCAACCAUGGUUAGAUCUUCUACCAUUUUCCAUGCUUUAAUGGUUCUGUUAUGCUGUUGGUUUCAUAAUCCAAAAAUAGAUAUUGUACCAAUGUAAAGCUAGGGUACUUGAGAAAGUAAGAGAGUGAUGUCCAACUUUGCUAAGUAGUUUAAUUUCUAGAUCUGAUUUUAGUUGACAAGGUUCUUAUGCUUAUUGGCUUAUUCUAGUAAUGUUAAAAUGUGCAAUGUUGAUGAUCAAACCUUGUGUUUAGUUAGUAUUUGAUAACCAUUUUACAUCAGAUA